GUGAUGAUGUGGCUCCUUCUUUUCAUCUGCGUCGCUCACACUGAGCUGCUGAUGUCACAGGCAAAAGGCGAGAACUGGCUGAUUCUGAAAGGUGAAAACAACCCGUGUGAAGGUCAUGUUGAAGCCUACCACAACAGGACAUGGGGAUACGUUGGCGAUAAAGGCUGGAACAGGACAACAGAAGAAGUGGUGUGCAGGAGCAUUCACUGUGGGACACCUGUGUCAACAGAAGACACACAGAGGGACAUGAGUAGGCAGGUCUGGCUCAAUGAAUUGGCUUGCAAGGGAACAGAGAGUCAACUAUGGGACUGCCAAUAUCCUGGUUGGGGCAUCAGCUAUUACAGAAAGGACACCGUGAAAAAGAUCAGCUGUUCAAAUCAAAUCAAAAUAAGCCUGGAUGGAUUUCGCUGUGAAGGAGCUGUCCAGUACUCCAUAGAUGGGAAAACACCUUCGGGUUACUUCUGUAGUGAGGACUGGGGAAAAAAAGAAGCCGAUAUUUUAUGUGAAAGUCUCGAAUGCGGUAAAUCCAGGGAGAUCCAUCUGCACAAGUGGAGGGUUUGGAAAGGAUUCCAAAACUCAAAAAAGAUGAUGAUCAAGUGUGAUCCAGACAUUAUAAAAGACAUAAACAAUCUGUGGCAGUGUGCAACUCAACAAUCCACAGCAUGCCAGUAUCCUGCUUCUGUCAUAUGCACAAAUCAUAAGAGGCUCCAACUCAAAGGAAAUGCAUCAAAUGUCUGUUCUGGGCGGCUGGAGGAAGAGAACGAUGGCAAAUGGAGUCCUAUGAUAAAACCAGAAGUUGCCAAACCUGAUAUAUGGUGUCAGCAAAUGCACUGUGGUAUCAAUAUCAGUUACAGCACGGGUAGCAGCAAUGGCAAAUGGAGUCCUAUGAUAAAACCAAACAAUGCCACACCUGAUAUAUGGUGUCAACAAAUGCACUGUGGUAACAAUAUCAGUUACAGGACGGGUAGCAGCAGCACCCAGUUGACAUGCACAGACAAUGUUAAUGUAGUUCUGAUGGACAAUGGUAAACCCAGCAAGUGCUAUGGUGCAGUUUACAUUAAAGUGAAUGAAACACGUUUGCCUGUGUGUGCCACCACCUGGGACAGUAAGGAAGCUGAAGUGGUCUGCAGAGAGCUACAGUGUGGGAAAGUGGUUAGUAUUGAACGCAAGCCUGCAAAACAGGGCAUAAUGGACUCAGUGGAGUGUUUGGGCAACGAGUCUUCACUGUGGCACUGUCGAGCCAAGCGUGACAACUACCCUUUACAAUGUAGACACAGUGCUUACGUAGUCUGUGCAGCUAGCAUAAGUGUAAGACUGAUGGAUGGUCCUGGAAAGUGUGCUGGGAGAGUUGAGAUCCAGCAUGAGGGCAGAUGGAAACGGGUCAAUAAAAACAAAUGGACAGAUACCAGUUCAGAUGUUGCCUGCAAACAAAUGAACUGUGGAAAACAAAGAAAAUCCAGCAAUGAAAUUUUCAGCAAGGGUUCAGGGGAUUUCCUCACUAAGGCUGUGACCUGCCAGCCAAAUGCCUCGAGCGGAUUUCCUCACUAA